AUGACAUCUCAAAGCUUCGGGCGCUCAGAUACGAGACGCGACAAACAGUAUCACAAACAUAAUGUGUAUCUCACGAUCGUUCCUGAGCUUCUGCGUAACGAAAUUCCCUCGAGCGGCAUAAUGGGGUACAUCGUCACACAACCAACGCUUGCACAUAACGGCAAAGCCAUCCUCCCUCUUCAGGGCUCGCCAAAUCAGGAAGAGGGCAGCAGGCAGUGUGUCAAUGCAGCCAGUGGGGUUGCAAGGGUCAUACGCGGCACGCUUUUAAGGCCGCGGGAAGGAUUAUUGCGCUCGGUUGUCAGCGCAACUAGGACUUGCCCAAAGCACCAGCCGAGCAAGAGCGAGGCUAACCAAGGCAUCUUGGAUAUAGCUGAUAUACCACUGGCAUCUAUUCGUAGACCACCAGACAAGUUAGAUCGGUCCCUGUAUCUGGUUAGGUUCUUCCAUGAAGACUGGGUCAGUGCAACCUUGAUAGACCAGGGACGAAGUCAAGGACCAGGAUUAGCAGAUGAACGGCGAAAUUCGCCAAUUAAUCUUCUGGAAAUCUUGCCGUCACCGCAGUGCCAAUUUUGUCUUUGGCACGUUGAAUGCCUGCACCACGUCAUCGGCGAUCGCAGAGGCAACAACAACAUGACAGGCGUGUUCGUCGUAGUCGGCUCGGGAACGAAGUCGAUUACGAACGCUGUUAUAAGGGUAGAGAGACCUGGCCACGUAGGAUGCGAUAUGCAAGUUUGGCAGAUGGGGGGCCAACGUCAAAUUUUGAAGACGCGUGAGCUGUCGUUUCAGGCAGUGGUGGAUGAGUUGCCUAUAACCGCCGACGUUAGUUCGGCCUUCGCGGCACAGUCCGCCUUGGACUCAGUAGAAUGUGGCAGAGCAGCUGCCAUUGGCUGGAUCGGUCCUCUGUAG